ACCCUGUAGCCAAUCCAUUCACUUGGAACUAUCCCUCCCUACUACCCUUCUCUCCCUCUAUAAAUAACAGCACCACCAACAUCCAACUAUUCCACAACACUUCCCACAUUUGCUAAUUCUCUUAUACUUGGCCCUUUCAGUUUUCUUUUCUAAGGAACAGAGAGAUCUCAAAGAUGAAUAACCUGGGAGUCAAAGCCAAAGAAAACCCACCCAUAACAUCUCAAAAAUAUUACACCAUGUGUGCCCAGAUUUUGUUGAGGAUUUUGGCUACUGCAUUCACGUUGACAGCCACUUGCAUAAUUCUCAAUAGCAAAGAGACUGUUGAUGUUUUCACUAUUCAGAUGGAUGCUCGUUAUAGCUAUUCUCCAGCACUCAAGUUCUUUGUCUUUGCAAAUAUCAUUGGAUGUGCCUUCUCUGUUUUUUCACUGUUUCUUGCUUCCAUCUUUGGCCGUAAGGGUCUUCACCCAAACAAGUAUUUUUACCUCUUCGUCCAUGAUAUGAUUAUGAUGGCACUAUUGCUGGCUGGAUGUGCAGCAGCAACAACAAUUGGCUAUGUAGGAAAAUAUGGAGAGAGUCACUCAGGGUGGAUGCCUAUUUGUGAUUCUGUUGCAAAAUUCUGUCAUAAAAUUAUAGCGAGUCUUGCAUUCUCCUAUUUUGGGGUUAUUUUCUACCUCUGCCUCGCUAUUAUCUCGGCAAAUCAAUCUAGAAAGAUCCAAGUUUGAAAUGUCACUUUACCCCAAGAAAAAAAAAAUGCAGUGUAUAAUAGCAGUAAAAUUAUCUUAUCAUCUAGCAUCAUUAAUAUAUCAGGAGGAGGAAGUUAAAAAAGAAAAAAACUUAUGUAAUGUAGUUAUCUUUAAAGUUUUACGGUUGCAGAAUGUACGAUAUUUGGUGGAAUCAUAAAUGACUUGUAUUUACUUCAAUGUGAAUGCAUUGUCAAAACUGAUAUACUCAGUGAAGUUAUUAAAUUUCGCAGCUACUCCCUAGUUACAUUUGUAGUACAUUUCGGAGGCAGGUAGUUUCUUGGAUUCUUU